UCUCCGUCGAUGAUCGGACUCGGUGAUUUCCGUCAACGUUCGGCGCCGCUCGCUGGGUGAAGCCGGGUUUCCCAAAGAUGGCGGCGUUCGGGAUAUUGAGUUAUGAGCACAGGCCGUUGAAAAGGCCUCGGCUCGGGCCGCCAGACGUUUACCCGCAGGACCCCAAACAGAAAGAGGACGAGCUGACAGCACUGAAUGUCAAACAAGGCUUUAACAAUCAGCCUGCAGUGUCUGGGGAUGAACAUGGUAGUGCAAAGAAUGUUAAUUUCAAUCCUGGCAAGAUCAGCUCGUACUUCAGCAGUAUAAUUGCUGAGAAGUUGAGAUGUAACACAUUCCCAGAUACUGGUAAAAGGAAGCCUCAGGUGAAUCAAAAGGACAGUUUCUGGCUUGUCACAGCUCGAUCCCAGCCUUCAAUACACAAUUGGUUUACUGAUCUGGCUGGAACCAAACCACUAACCCAACUUGCAAAAAAGGUGCCUAUAUUUAGUAAGAAGGAAGAAGUCUUUGGCUAUCUGGCCAAAUACUCGGUGCCAGUAAUGAGAGCAGCCUGGCUGAUAAAAAUGACAUGUGCCUAUUAUGCAGCUAUAACUGAAACAAAGAUGAAAAAACGUCAUGUCAUAGAUCCAUGUAUAGAAUGGACUCAGAUCAUCACAAAGUACCUUUGGGAACAGCUGCAAAAAAUCGCUGAGUCCUACCGGCUAAUAUCUACACAGAACAGUGGAACACCAGUACCCCCCACUGUACCUGAAGUGGAGCAGGCCAUGAAACAGUGGGAAUAUAAUGAAAAACUGGCUCUUUACAUGUUUCAGGAUGGAAUGCUGGACAGGCAUGAGUUCCUCACCUGGGUUCUUGAAUGCUUUGAGAAGAUCCGACCGGGGGAGGAUGAACUUCUUAAAUUACUACUCCCACUAAUGUUACAGUACUCCGGAGAGUUUGUGCAAUCUGCCUACCUAUCGAGACGCCUGGCCUACUUCUGUACCCGACGUCUCUCCAUGUUGCUAGGUGAUAGUGGUAGUAAUGUUGUGACAGGAGGACAUCAGUCCCAUGUGAUUCCAGCACCCACUUCAAAUACUUUGCCUCCAACACCAACACCACCACCCAAUGGGACCACCCAGCCGCAGUCUCCGUUUAUGGAUUUUUAUAUUUGUCCACAGCAUCGUCCUGUUGUGUUUGGAUUAAGUUGCAUGCUUCAGAGUAUUGUUCUAUGUUGUCCAAGUGCAUUGGUAUGGCAUUACUCAUUGACUGAUUGCCGAAAUAAGACUGGAUCCCCACUCGAUCUUUUACCCAUAGCACCAUCUAGCCUACCCAUGCCAGGGGGAAACUCUGCAUUUACCCAACAAGUUCGAGCUAAAGUGCGGGAAAUUGAGGAGCAGAUUAAAGAAAGAGGUCAAGCUGUGGAGGUCAGGUGGUCAUUUGAUAAGUGUCAAGAAACUACAGCAGGUUUUACGAUUGGUCGUGUAUUACAUACGUUGGAAGUACUUGACAGCCACAGCUUUGAAAAGUCUGAUUUCAACAACUCAUUGGAUUCGCUUUACAACAGGAUAUUUGGAUCAGGGCAGAAUAAAGAUGGGCAGGAGAUGUUGCCUGAUGAUGAUGCGGUGAUGACUUUGCUUUGUGAAUGGGCAGUGAGCUGCAAACGUUCAGGUAGACAUCGUGCCAUGGUUGUGGCAAAACUGUUGGAGAAGAGGCAAGCUGAAAUUGAGGCUGAGAGAUGUGGUGAAUCAGAAGUGGUGGAUGAGAAAGGAUCUGUCUCCUCAGGCUCUCUUACCAGUGCCAGCAUCCCUGUUUUCCAGGACGUUUUGCUUCAAUUCUUGGAUACUCAAGCUCCUAUGCUGACUGAUCCAAGUAGUGAAAGUGAGAAGGCUGAAUUUGCCAACUUGGUCCUCCUGUUCUGUGAGCUGAUUCGUCAUGAUGUUUUCUCACACAAUGUAUAUAUGUGCACACUGAUAUCCCGAGGAGAUCUGUCAUCAGAGCAGCAUGCACCCAGACCACGCUCACCUGUUGAUGAUGCCGUGGAAGAGCAGGAUCGAAAAGAACAGGAAGGAAAUAAUAGUGUGAAACUUGAGGAUACAGGCUUACCAGAAAGUAUUGACAUAGAUCACAACUCAAGUGCUAUUUUUGAAGAUGUGGAAAAGAAUGACUUUAAAAAUGACUUUAGUGCUGAUUUUACUGUGUUUUCUCCUCCGAUGCACUGUGAAUCCAAAGCGAGCCCAUCUCCAGAAAAACCUGCCUCAGAAAAAGACAUGAAAUUAUUACAGAAAGAAAAAAUGAAUGAUGCGUUUCCUUCACCAUAUGAACAAUCCAGGCACAUACAAUAUGCAACACACUUCCCCAUCCCUCAGGAGGAAUCUGCAAGUCAUGAAUGCAAUCAGCGCUUGGUGGUUUUAUAUGGUGUUGGCAAACAACGAGAUGAAGCUCGGCAUGUAAUUAAAAAAAUAACCAAAGACAUCUUGAAGGUUUUAAACAAGAAGAGCACUGCUGAAACUGGUGGGGAGGAAGGACAGAAGCGAAAGAAAAAUAAACCAGAAGCAUUUCCUACAGCUGAGGAUAUAUUUGCCAAAUUUCAGCAUCUUUCACAUUUUGAUCAGCACCAAGUUACCUCUCAGGUAUCACGGAAUGUGUUAGAACAGAUCACUAGUUUUGCCUUGGGAAUGUCCUAUCAUCUGCCUCUCGUUCAGCACAUUCAGUUUAUUUUCGAUCUGAUGGAAUAUUCCCUUAAUAUCAGUGGAUUAAUAGAUUUUGCUAUUCAGUUGCUGAACGAAUUGAGUGUUGUGGAAGCAGAGUUGCUCCUGAAGUCAUCCAGUCUAGUUGGCAGUUACACAACAGGUUUGUGCCUGUGCAUUGUGGCAGUCCUGCGGCGCUACCAUUCCUGCCUUAUUCUCAAUCCUGAUCAGACUGCACAAGUAUUUGAGGGUUUGUGUGGUGUGGUGAAACAUGGAGUAAACCCAGCAGACUGCUCCUCUGCAGAGCGUUGUAUCCUUGCCUACCUCUAUGAUCUCUACACCUCUUGCAGCCACUUAAAGAGCAAGUUUGGCGAGCUCUUUGGUGAUGCCUGCUCCAAAGUCAAGAAUACCAUCUACAGCAAUAUUGAUCCUUCUGAUUCCAACAUGCUCUGGGAACCCGAGUUCAUGAUCGAUGCCAUUGAAAACCCUUCUGCACACAACUUUAGCUAUUCCAUGCUUGGAAAAAUCCUGAAUGACAAUCCAGCCAAUCGCUACAGUUUUGUUUGCAAUGCACUAAUGCAUGUCUGUGUGGGACACCAUGAUCCUGAUCGUGUGAAUGAUAUUGCUAUCUUGUGUGCGGAGCUAACUGCCUAUUGCAAGGCUCUCAGUGCAGAGUGGCUUGGUGUACUCAAAGCACUGUGCUGUUCAUCCAACAAUGGAACUUGUGGCUUCAAUGAUCUUCUUUGUAAUGUUGAUGUGAGCGAUUUAUCAUUCCAUGAUUCUUUGGCAACAUUUAUAGCUAUUUUAAUAGCUAGACAAUGCUUGCUGUUGGAGGAUUUGAUUCGAUGUGUGGCAAUCCCCUCACUCCUUAAUGCAGCAUGUAGUGAGCAAGAUUCCGAACCAGGUGCUCGCCUAACAUGCCGAAUCCUCCUCCAUUUGUUUAGGACACCACAACUAAACCCUUGUCACCAAGACAGCACUAAACCAACAGUGGGGAUCCGUUCAUCAUGCGACAGACAUCUACUAGCAGCAUCACAGAACAGCAUUGUGGUUGGAGCAGUGUUUGCUGUCCUCAAAGCUAUCUUCAUGUUGGGUGAUGCUGAAUUGAAAGGGUCUGGAUUCUCACAUUCUGGUGGAAUGGAGGAGCUCCCCGAGGAUGAUAUAGGAGUGAAAAAAUCUGGCAGUCGGGCUGUUUCUAUUGAAACAGCCAGUUUAGAUGCUUAUGCUAAAUACGUGUUGAAGAAUAUUUGUCAGCAGGAGUGGGUGGGAGAGCGAUGCCUAAAGAGUUUGUGUGAGGAUAGCAGUGCUCUGCAGGAUCCAGUUCUAACAAAUAAGCAGGCUCAGCGACUCUUGCAGUUGAUAUGCUAUCCACAUCGGCAACUGGACAGUGAGGAAGGAGACAACCCACAACGUCAGAGAAUCAAACGGAUCUUGCAGAAUCUUGAUCAGUGGACAAUGAGACAGUCAUCACUGGAGCUGCAGCUUAUGAUUAAACAGAGUGUCACCAGUGAGAUGAACUCCUUGUUAGAAAACAUCGCUAAGGCCACUAUUGAAGUAUUCCAGAAAUCAGCUGAAAUGAACUCCUCUAAUCUGAACAGUAAUGGAACGGUGAAUUCGGGGUUACCUGUCUCUGGCACCAGCAACACAAAUGGAAACACCAGCAAAAUGAAACCACUGCUGAGCUCAUCAGAGCGGACAGGAGUCUGGCUGGUGGCACCGUUAAUCGCAAAAUUGCCAACAUCUGUCCAAGGCCAUGUGUUGAAAGCUGCUGGUGAGGAACUGGAGAAAGGACAACAUCUUGGGUCGUCCUCACGAAAAGAACGGGAUCGGCAAAAACAGAAGAGUAUGUCUUUGCUGAGUCAGCAGCCAUUUCUUUCUUUGGUUUUGACAUGCCUUAAGGGGCAGGAUGAACAAAGAGAGGGACUUCUCACCUCUCUUUACAGCCAGGUCCAACAGAUUGUAACAAACUGGCGUGAAGAUCAGUACCAAGAUGACUGCAAAGCCAAACAGAUGAUGCAUGAAGCCUUGAAACUCCGUUUAAAUCUUGUAGGUGGGAUGUUCGACACUGUCCAGCGUAGUACGCAGGGGACCACCGAGUGGGCUGUCCUUCUCUUGGAUAUAAUCAGCAGUGGAACAGUUGACAUGCAGUCAAACAAUGAGCUGUUCACUACAGUCCUGGAUAUGCUCAGUGUGCUGGUCAAUGGGACUCUGGCAGCGGAUAUGUCCAGCAUCUCACAGGGCAGCAUGGAAGAGAACAAGAGAGCUUACAUGAACCUCGUAAAGAAACUCAGGAAAGAGCUUGGGGACAGACAAUCAGAGAGUUUGGAGAAGGUGCGACAGCUAUUACCACUUCCCAAACAGACAAGAGAUGUCAUCACAUGCGAACCCCAAGGCUCUCUAAUUGAUACCAAAGGGAACAAGAUUGCUGGCUUUGACUCAAUAUUCAAAAAGGAGGGACUGCAAGUCUCCACUAAGCAGAAGAUUUCCCCUUGGGAUGUUUUUGAAGGUAUGAAACAUUCUGCUCCCCUCUCCUGGGGCUGGUUUGGGACAGUUCGUGUUGACCGCAAGGUGACUAAGUUUGAAGAGCAGCACAGGUUGCUUUUGUACCACACACACCUUAAACCAAAGCCACGCAGUUAUUAUCUUGAACCACUGCCACUUCCCCCAGAGGAAGAAGAGCCACCAGUACCAGUUGUUCCAGAACCAGAAAAAACUACAGCAGAACCACCAAAGUUGGAGAAACCUACUACUACCGAAGAGAAGAAAAAAAAAUCAACUAGAAAGAAACGGCCAGUUCCAAAUAAAGCAGAGUUGGAUUUAUCAUCCAGUGCACACAGAAUGCCUCCUUAUGGUGGUGGAGUUCCUAAUGACAUAAUGCCACACCAGGCUAAUCCUUAUAACAGACUUCCAUAUGGACCACCUGGUAUUUAUGCACAAAAUCAGCCUUUGCCAGCAGGUGGACCAAGGUUAGAUACAAUGCCCUACAGAUCUGUGCGACCUCCUUUUGCCAAAAUAAUGCAGAAUCGGCCACCCUACAGCACUGUGAUGGGCCCAAUUGGUGCAAUGAUGGAUCCGUCACUGUAUAAAAUGCCACAAUACAAGCAGCAGCCUCCCAUCCCACAGGGGCAGACUAUCCGACAUCAUUUAAAUGCCAGAUUGAAUUCUGGUGGAAUGUAUGGGCCGCAGGUUCGUCAAGCAAAUCCAGCUCAGUCAUAUGGAUCAAUGUCACAAGCUCAGAGUAUUUCUCAAGGCUACACUAACUAUGGCUCUCACUUGGGGAUGCAGCCACAUCCGUCGCAAGCCAGCAGUAUGAUACCUCCUGCCUAUUCAAGCCAACCAUACCAGAGCAGCCACACAGCCAAUAAUCCUACACUCAUAGAUCAGGUUCGGCAGAUGCAGCAGCGACCAAGUGGCUAUGUUCACCAGCAAGCUCCAGCUUAUGCACACUCCAUGCAGAACACACAAAGGCUAACGCACCAACCCAUGCAACAAGCACCUAUGAUGACAGGAAUUAGUCACAUACCCCAACAGAACGUACAUUCAACAAUGAGGACAAAUCAGGAACAGCAGUAUCUACGACAACAUCAAAUCCUGAGGCAACAACAACAACAACAACAACAACAACAACAACAGCAGCAGCAACAACAGCAACAACAGCAGCAACAACAGCAACAAGUGCAACAACAGCAGCAGCAACAAGUCCAACAACAGGUCCAACAACAGGUCCAACAGCAACAAGUGCAACAACAGCAGCAGCAACAAGUCCAACAACAGGUCCAACAGCAACAGCAGGCUCAAACCCAACCACAGUCUCUGGGAAUGCAGGCCAUCCCACCUCAGCAGACCAUGUUCCAGCGACAAGGAAUGCAACAAACACAGCAGCAACAACAGACGGCAGCUCUCGUCAGACAGUUACAACAGCAACUAUCAAAUUCACAACCACAGAAGAAUGCAAACCCAUACUUUUAAUGUUGGAGUCAUCUAAAAGAAAAAAGUCUGCCAUCUGCUUAUCAUUUGAGUGUCCCGGAUGAAUUUUGUCUUCAAAGGCAAAUUACUUUGGUGUCUGAAUCUGUAGCAUUUGAUGUGUUUCAGUUUCAAAUGAAACUGAACUCUUGAUCAUUUCCCUACACUUACCAGGUUGCUCCCAGUGCCUGUACGUUCAUGGUUAGGAAAAUAACAAUUCACCAAUUAAAAGGUAAAGAGAGAUGCUGGUGUAAUAUUUCCAGUCUUCCUUUCUUAUUCCAUUCCACUCUAUCUUCCUCACUGAGGACACCAGAACAUCUUGAGCUCAGGCCACGUGUGCUCAACCACAGUACAUCAGCCGAUACACACAAAAGGGCCUGUCCCACUAGGCGAUUUUUCUCGGCGACUGCCGGCAUCAUUGACUGACGUAUCAGGUAACCGAAAUAUUUGCUGCGGUGGCGCGGCGUGAUGCGGCGGUGACGCUGCGUGAUGACGUAAGACGCGCGUUUUUUUUUUCAAGUGUCGCUACAUUUUUUUGUCGCCGCUGGAUUUUGAAAUGUUCAAAAUCUUUUGGCGACACUGAUAUGACGCCGGCAGUCGCCAAAAAAAUCGCCAAGUGGGACAGACCCUUUGGACCUUGCAUCUAAAGAAUAUUGGAGCACAAAUACCAAACUUGCAUACAGAUCUGCUCGGUGCCAAUGAUGGAGAUGUCUUUGAGGCCAUGUUAUUGAUAGAAUUGUAACUCUGCCAGCAGCUGAACUAGCUCUAUACUAAUAUAUAUAUAUUAUUUGUAUAUACAAAUAGCACUAUAUGAACACUUAAUUAUUGUCAUUAAUUUUUCAUAUUGAUGCUUUUAAAGCUAAAGAAUCCAAGGAAUACAGUACCCCUUUUCUCCAUGUGCCUGAAGUCACCGAAGUAUGAUUUCACAGGGCCAGCAGCAUUUUGGUAGUUCCCUUUGUAAACAUUCUUUAUAUGUGAACUUGUGCAUUGGUUACUGAGCUGCAUAAAGUUCAUAGCCAAAUCUGAUCCUAUUCAUAUAAGUGCACUUUCCAGUUUGGGUCACUGUGAAAAUGGAGUUAGAAACCAGAAUGUGUGGCCUUGGCAUUUUCAAAAAAGGGUUCCGUUUUCCAAGGUGAGGAAUAUUUUAAAUUUGUUUUACCACUGAAGAUUACAAAAAAGUUUUCAGAGGAUCUUCACUCGUCAUUCCUGAUAGAUAUUUUGAAUUGAAAGGUGACCUGUUGGAAUUAUUAUGGAUUUAACGUCAGUUCUGCAGUGUGGAGAAAAUGACUAUUCAUACCUGACUUUAUAAUGACAAAUCUUUUUCUACAUUGUUUUUAUUAGUUUUUUUUUUUUAAUCCAGCAUCUCUGAGUCUGCUAAUUUUGCCAGAGCUAAAAUCUACCACACCUAACAGUCUGUGAAUUUGGAGUGUCCAGUGAAAGCACGAUAUUUUUUUAAAUAAAUCCAUCUAUUAGUUUAUGAAUUACUGCAAUCAUUCCUUUGAAUUGGUCAAAAUUUGACCAGUUCAGGAAAAAAAAAAGUUGUAAUGAAAGAAGAACAGUGAUUGUAGUAUUUUUGAGUAGAGUUGGCCACUUUUGCUUGUGGGUUAUACUGAGAGAUUUCCGCUAUUGCCAGUAUAACUGUGUAAAACCUUAUUCAUUAUCCCAAUUUAUUAUCCUAACUUAAUCUAGCAGAAACAGUUUGCAUUUUCUCAUCCCACUGGUGUUGUUUAUGUUUCAGGAUAAAGUUGAAGAUUAUAAUUGGUGCUCACCCAAUGCAAAUGUUCCUCCUUUUAGCAUGAGACUUAGUACAUUUAAACUGUAAUUUUUACUUAAGAGAUUAUGAUUUAGAAAGCUGUAAGUAGAAGAGGCACAAAGUGCUGAGCACAUUGGUGCCAAUGCAACACUUGGUGUGUUGGACAAGAAUCUGAAGUAUCAUGGAAGUGAACUACUGAAAUUUAGUAUAUCCAUAAAGGGAGGCGGAGAUAAAGAUGGCAGGAACUUUCCCAUAUACCUGUUUGUAGAGAAAUUGUUGCAGGAUGAUAAGUGAUGUAAAAUUACAUCCCCUGCCAUACAAAAGCAUUCGAGAGAGUCUGGUGUAGAAAAGAAUUAAAUCGUUGUACAGAAUAAAGAACUUUCUAUCUUGGUUUGUAAAACUGUACCCACAUAUUAAAAAUUAUGUAAAUUUUUGGUAAUUUUGUUUUUCAGAAAAUUCUGAUGUAAAGAUAAAAUUCAAGAUGGUAUAUGUAUAAAACAAAUUGUACACGUGCUGUUUUUAUAUAUAAAAAGCACAAACAGUCAACAUGGAGACAAGCAAAUGAGUCAGAAUAGAGUCUGAGCUUUUUAAGACUUUUACUGUGUCAUGGUUUUUGUAAAUUGUAAAAGUUGCAAAUGUAUUCUACAUUGUGGAUAACGUUCUAUCACUUGUCUUAAUUAACACUUUAUUUUAAAGCCAUGAUCCAGUGGUGAAAGUAAUUAAUUUUGGCUUGAAGUAGUCAAAUUGUAUGUCCACCAGAAAAAAUAACAAGCAUGUAGUUUCCACUGCGCGGCAGAAUACAUGAUUUUCCACCUGCAUCACAGUUAAAGUGAAAUACUCCAGAAGAGUAAAUGUAUUAAUAAUAUCUCAUACUGCUGUUAUAAGUUAAUUGUCAUGCAGAAUUCAAUUUUUCAGCUUAGAGGGUGCUUAAAUAAGCUAAAAAUGCACACUAAAAAAAUGUUUUUUAUGGUGUGGGUUGUCUACUGCCCAGGAGUGUGCAUCAUCCUUUACUAAGUUCAGAAAACCAAUUGCAUAGUGUAAUACCCACUCUCAACUCAAUAAAAAGGGCAUUGCGUUCAAGAAGGAAAUGCAGAUGCUGGAAGAUCGAAGGUACACAAAAUUGCUGGAGAAACUCAGCGGGUGCAGCAGCAUCUAUGGAGCGAAGAAAAUAGGCGACGUUUCAGGCCAUAACCCUUCUUCAGACUGAAAAAGGGCAUUGCAAUGUGUAUACCAAGCAGAGUCAACCCAGGUCAUCACAAUGUUGCAUCUCCAGGAUUAGGCGGUUUACCGAUAAAAAUGUUUGCUUGUAUUCUCUGGAGCUGAGUGAGUAAAAUCAGUAUGGGCUAUUAUUAAUGACAUUUGUAGAAGAACACAAAUCUUUUUUUAAUCGGUUCCCAUUCAUCAAGACUUAAACAUUUAUACUAAAGGGAGACGCACUGAGUAUCCCAAGCACUUGAUGUUUUCGCUUUGGAUUUCUAACAUCUGCAAUGAUUUGUGUUUGAGGGAAGUAAAUUCCUGAUCUACAGUGCAUUGCUGAAUGGAAAUACAUCUCAUUGAUGUUUGGUGUCUUAACAUUGGCUGCGCCUUGUCCUAAUGAGCAGCAGUAGCAGCAAAUAUGCGCAUUUUUCCCAUCAGGAACUGCUGUGAAUAUUCUUGGACUAAAGAACAUGCGGUGAAUAGUGUUGGAAGGAACUGCAGAAGCUGGUUUAAACCAAAGAUUGGCCCCAAAUGCCGGAGUAACUCAGCGGGGCAGGCAGCAUCCCUGGAGAGAAGGCAUGGGUGACAUUUUGGAUCGACCCGAAAUGUCACCCAUUCCUUCCAUCCAGAGAUGCUGCUUGUCCAUGCGGUGAAUAGUGUUGUUUAAUUAACUUAAUUUGAGAUUUAUUGGAACUCCAAUUGGAGAACAGGAGUUUAAUGCAGUUGCUGGCAGUAUUUCAACUUUUAUUGAGAAAUGCAACCUGCUGCCAUUGCAGAAGGUCACAGCUUGGACAAUAACAGAAACCAUGGACUCGCGCUGGAUUUGUUUAAAGCUAUUUUAUCGGUAAAUAAUAGUGAUAAUAGUGGCCUGGUAUGUGUCCAUAUUGAACCCAGAUGCUAGGUGUAUCCCCCUGCUUUAAUGUAUUAAUUUCUCAAAGAAAUGAAUCCUACCUGUUGGUAAUAUCCAAAAAAAUCUGUAUUUAGGCUUGUGCAAAGUAGUUUUAACGAAGGACUUCCUACAUGGGACUUCCUAUGUUAAAUCAAACCUUUCACUUAUCCAACGUCCGAUUCUGAAAGGCUUUCAAAGCAUAUUCUUAUGGAUAUUUUGGCAAGGCCAGUAUUUAUUUAUUUAUUUAUUGGGUACAACCCAGACCAGGAAAUUAUGGCAGAUUCUCUUCCCUGAAAGAAAUUUGUAACGUUUAUUUUUGUCAGAAUUAUUCUGUUAACAUAUGCUUCCCAGCGACAAAGUGCGGUUCAAACAUUUGUGGUUAAAUGGUAAAGGCCUCUGAAUGUCAGCCCAGUAAACAACCACUCUUUAUCCAUGAUGAUGUAAUUGGCAGAGAAAACAAUACAGUAAAACAAUUAAGUGAAAGCUUCACUUAAUUGUCCUCAUUUUCUUUUUUGCUUGAGAAUUAUGGAGCUGGAUGUCCUGGUCCCAAUUACUCAAGUCCAUUUCAAACAUCCUUUGACUGUUAUAUCUGUAUGAGAAGAAUAGAGUGCUUAAUAUGAUGCCAGUAUAGAAUUUGUGGCACGAUUGGUGCUUACUAUGGCAAUAUUCAGUUAGUAUCAUUGAGCAUUAUAACAGAUACUGUAUGUAAGGUGCCAUGUAUAGUGCCCUCCAUGUUUGGACCAAACACCCAUCAUUUAUUUAUUUGCCUCUGUACUUCACAAUUUGAGAUUUGUAAUAGAAAAAAAUUCACAUGUGGUUAAAGUGCACAUUGGCAGAUUUUAAUAAAGGCCAUUUUUAUACAUUUUGGUUUCACCGUGUAGAAAUGACAGCAGUGUUUAUAUAUAGUUCCCCCAUUUCAGGGCACAGCAAUGUCAUGUAAAUGAAAGUAGUCAUGUUUAGUAUUUUGGUGCAUAUCCUUUGCAUGCUUGAAGUCUGCGAUUCAUGGACAUCAUCAGUUGCUGGGUGUCUUCUCUGGUGAUGCUCUGUCAGGCCUGUAUUGCAGCCAUCUUUAGCUUAUGCUUGUUUUGGGGGCUAGUCCCCUUCAGUUUUCUCUUCAGCAUAUAAAAGUGAUGCUCAAUUGGGUUCAGAUCGGGUGAUUGAUUUGACCACUCAAGAAUUGACCAUGAUUUAGCUUUGAAAAACUCCUUUGUUGCUUUAGCAGUAUGUUUGGGAUCAUUGUCUUGCUGUAGCUUGAAUUGCUGGCCAAUGAGUUUUGAAGUAUUUGUUUGAAUUUGAGCAGAUAGGAUGUGUCUAUACACAUCAGAAUUCAUCAUGCUACUACCAUCAGCAAUUGUAUCAUCAUUGAAGAUAAGUGAACAAGUACCUUCAGCACCCAUACAUGCCCAGGCCAAAACACCCCCACCACUGUGUUUCACAGAUGAGGUGAAUGCUUUGGAUCUUGGGCAGUUCCUUCUCUCCUGCCCUCACUCUGAUAUAAGUUUUUUGUCUGAUCUUCGUCUCAUCUGUCCACAAGACCUUUUUCCAGAACUGUGAUUGUUCAAAUAAGUACUUCUUGGCAAACUAACCUGGCCAUCCUAUUUUUGUGGCUAACCAGUGGUUUGCAUCUUUCAGUGUAGCCUCUGUAUUUUUGUUCAUGAAGUCUUCUGCGACAGUGGUCAUUGACAAAUCCACACCCGACUCCAGAAGAGUGUUUCUGAUCUGUCGGCGAGGUGUUAUAGAGAUAAUUCUUCGUCAUCAGCGGUGGAGGUCUUCUAAAAACCUUCCAGUCCCUUUGUGAUUAGUAAGCUCACCAGUGCUCUCUUUCUUCUUAAUGAUGUUCCCGACAGUUGAUUUUGGUAAGCUUUAGGUUUGGCUGAUGUCUCUAACAGUUUCAUUUUUGUUUCUCAGUCUCAUAACGGCUUAUUUGACUUUCAUUGGCACAACUUUGGUCCUCAUGUUGAUAAACAGCAAUAAAAGUGUCCAAAGGUGAUGGAAAGACUGGAGGAAAGACUAGGUGCUGAGAGCUCUCUUAUACCUGCAUUAAGCAGGCAAUUAAACACACCUGAGCAAUUACAAACACCCGUGAAGUCAUGUGUAUCAAACAUCAUGGUGCCCUGAAAUGGGGGCGAUAAUGUAUAAACACAGCUGUAAUUUCUACAUGGUGAAACCAAAAUGUAUAAAAAUGGCCUUUAAUAAAAUCUGACAAUGUGCACUUUAACCACCUAUUUCUUUCUAUUACAAAUCUCAAAUUGUGGAGUACAGAGGGAAAUAAAUAAAUGAUGGGCCUUUGUCCCAAACAUUAUGGAGGGCACUGUAUCUAGUAGUAAUUCAUAUCCCAUUUAUCUCUGCAUGGAGUUACAUUUUCCUGUAAUUGUAUAGCACUUUGAAACCUAGAUGAGAUGAGAUCCUUCACAGAACAUAGAACAUUUCCCUUACUGGUAUUACAAUAGACAGGAAUUUAUAUCCUGCAGGUUUGUUUUUUAAAUCCUUCAUCAAAUGCUUGUUUUUUAAAUUGGCUUUCCAUCCUUUAUUCUUGUACCAAAAUGGGAUCUGUGAACUUGUCAAACAAGCUUUUGAAAAAUUAGCAACGGUACAAGAACUGAUAGAAACAUAGAAUCAUAGAAAAUAGGUGCAGGAGUAGGCCAUUCGGCCCUUCGAGCCUGCACCGCCAUUCAAUAUGAUCAUGGCUGAUCAUCCAACUCAGUAUCCUGUACCUGCCUUUUCUCCAUAGCCGCUGAUCCCUUUAGCCACAAGGGCAACAUCUAACUCCCUCUUAAAUAUAGCCAAUGAACUGGCCUCAACUACCUUCUGUGGCAGAGAAUUCCAGAGAUUCACCACUCUCUGUGUGAAAAAUGUUUUCCUCAUCUCGGUCCUAAAAGAUUUCCCCCUUAUCCUUAAACUGUGACCCCUUGUUCUGGACUUCCCCAACAUCGGAAACAAUCUUCCUGCAUCUAGCCUGUCCAACCCCUUAAGAAUUUUGUAAGUUUCUAUAAGAUUCCCCCUCAAUCUUCUAAAUUCUAGCUAGUACAAACCGAGUCUAUCCAGUCUUCACAUGAAAGUCCUGACAUCCCAGGAAUCAGUCUGGUGAACCUUCUCUGUACUCCCUCUAUGGCAAGAAUGUCUUUCCUCAGAUUAGGAGACCAAAACUGUACGCAAUACUCUAGGUGUGGUCUCACCAAGACCCUGUACAACUGCAGUAGAACCUCCCUGCUCCUAUACUCAAAUCCUUUUGCUAUGAAUGCUAACAUACCAUUCGCCUUCUUCACUGCCUGCUGCACCUGCAUGCCUACUUUUAAUGACUGGUAUACCGUGACACCCAGGUCUCGUUGCAUCUCCCCCUUUCCUAAUUGGCCACCAGUCAGAUAAUAGUCUGCUUUCCUGUUUUUGCCACCAAAGUGGAUAAGCUCACAUUUAUCCACAUUACUGCAUCUGCCAUGCAUUUGCCCACUCACCCAGCCUAUCCAAGUCAACUUGCAGCCUCCUAGCAUCCUCCACACAGCUAACACUGCCCCCCAGCUUCGUGUCAUCCACAAAUUUGGAGCAGUUGCAUUCAAUUCCCUCCAAAUCAUUAAUAUAUAUCGUAAAUAGCUGGGGUCCCAGCACUGAGCCUUGCGGUACCCCACUAAUCACUGCCUGCCAUUGUGAAAAGGACCCGUUUACUCCUACUCUUUGCUUCCUGUCUGCCAGUCAGUUCUCUAUCCACAUCAAUACUGAACCCCCAAUACCGUGUGCUUUAAGUUUGUAUACUAAUCUCUUAUGUGGGACCUCGUCAAAAGCCUUCUGAAAGUCCAGAUAUAACCCAUCCACUGGUUCUCCCUUAUCCACUCUACUAGUUACAUCCUCGAAAAAUUCUAUAAGAUUCGUCAGACAUGAUUUACCUUUCAUAAAUCGAUGCUGACUUUGUCCAAUGAUUUCACCACUUUCCAAAUGUGCUGCUAUCCCAUCUUUAAUAACUGAUUCUAGCAGUUUCCCCACUACCGAUGUUAGACUAACUGGUCUGUAAUUCUCCGUUUUCUCUCUCCCUCCCUUUUUAAAAAGUGGGGUUACAUUAGCUACCCGCCAAUCCUCAGUAACUACUCCAGAAUCUAAAGAUCUAACUGAUCCUUCACUCCUCGUGAUUUCUCAACCCAUCCCCAUUCUCCAAGCCCUAUAAAAUGUCAAAACACACUGAAGAAAUCAAUAUAAAAUUGUAUUUGUUCAUUUAUUCUAUUUACAUAGUAAAAUAUGUUUGUAAUGCUGUUUCUGGCUUUAAUCUUUACCAUUUCCGAAGUAAAGAUGAAUGUAUAUUUAAUUCUAAACCUUUUACUUUUUCAAUACAACGUCCCUAACCAAUUCAUUGUUUUAAUAUUUAAUGAAAAUUAGUCUCUCGGUAACAGCUAAUUCAAAUGUGGUGCUGGACUGCUUUGUGUCCAGGGUAACUUCGUCGUGCUCCAUGUUCUCUUUGAAAAUCCAAAUCGGGCUGAACAUAAAGGUUUGUUUUAACGUUUUUGUUUAUCGAGGAGCCCAUUGCUAACCAAAAUUAAAUGUUCCACCACACUUUAGUGCCUAUCUGUGAUUGGGAAUUUGCAUGUUAGUCACUUGCUACAUUGUUUAGUUCUUCCACGAUACAUUGGAACAAAAUUGGAUGUAGUAGGGCAUUGAUCUGGCUCUUGUAUGCCAAGUUAUUAACAAUAUGACGAUGACAUUACAGCGAGAGAACAGGACGAGGUACUCCUUCUCUCAUUGAAUAGAACAAAAACGGUUGUGAAAUUAACAGCUUCAGGUCAAAGAAGGAAUGUAAAUCAGAGUCGUUGACGUCAAUGUCAAAAUAGGGAAGAAAGCAAAGAUGAAUUCAAGAUUAACCAUGUAAAUUGUGAAAAAGAGAAAAGACGGGAAGGAAAACUUAAAUAAAACAAACUGCAUUGUUACUAAUUCCUACAACAAUUAAAACUAGAAAUAUUUAGCUCCAUAUUUAGAGCGGUGCCCUUCGAUGCAGGAGAUGUUGAGUAACAAUAAUAAACGUGUGUGAUGCAAUAAACAGAAUGAACCCAACAGGACCCAACUUUCUUCAGCAAAUAAAGUUCAGAUCUGCAGUUCACGUACAAUUUCACACCAUUCUAUAAUGAGGAAAUUUGAUGCUUCGUCGUGGAAAAGGUAUAGUCGGAAGUGGGGUCCCGACCCGAAACGUUGCCUAUGUAUUCCCCGCACAGACGCUGUUUGACCUGCUGAGUUAUUGUGCGGUUGCAUUUUGGACAGCAGAAAUUGAAUAAUUGAGAACAAUUCUGCCCGUUUUCGCCCAUUCUUCCACUGCCAGUUGUGCAUGAAUAACAUUUUGCAUGAGAGCUAUAAGCCUCAGCAUCAUUCUUCUAGCAAACUGACCCAGUCUUGUACUUCCAUCAUCUUUCUUCGAUAGAUGUUCACAUUUUGUUUUAAUUUAAACAGAAGAUUGACACAAAAUGCUGGAGUGACUCAGCGGGACAGGCGGCAUCUCCGGAGAGAAGGAAUGGGUGACGUUUCGGGUCGAGACUUAAUUUAUCUUUGCUUUCAAGUAAGGACGGCACGGCGGCACAGGGGUAGAGUUGCUGCCUUACAGCGUCUGAAACCGGGUUCGAUCCUGGCUGCGUUGCUGUCUGGAAGUUUGUACGUCCUCCCGUGACCUCCCGCACUUCAAAAACGUUGGUUAAUUGGCUUCUGUAAGUUGCAAAUUGUCCCUAGUGUGUAGGAUAGUGCUAGUGUACAGGGUGAUGAUUGGUCGGCGUGGACUCGGUGGGCCUGUUUCCAUGCUGUAUCUCUAAAGUUUAAAGUACUUGCAAGUUUUUUUAAAUCCCGUUUCCGUGCUCUCAAGAAUAUAUUUCUGGAAUAACCUUUGUUUCAUACGAAUAUGAUCAUUGCUUCACAGCACAAAGCACGUUCCCAGAUUUCCCUCUAGUGCCCACAUCAGUACAUUACAGUCUCCCUUCAAAAUAGACUCCGUGUUGUUUGUUUCUGUUUGCACAUUAAGCAUUUAACUGCUGCCUUAUUCAUGUCCACGUAUGUCUUUCGCUGUUCAAUGUCCAGAUCCUGUACUGGAGGAUGGGCUCGUAACUGGGUAAUUGUACAAGCCCGAGGUCAAAUAGAAAUCCUUUAACUUUAUACCUUGGCUACUAUCCAAAUUACAAGAGCUUCUAAUUUACAAGAAAGCUGCACUUUUUUAUAUCGGGGAAAGGUCUCGACCUGAAACGUCAUCUAUUCCUUUUCUCCAGAGAUGCUGCCUGACCCGCUGAGUUACUCCAGGUCUCUGUGUGUGUGUCUACAGGAAUCUACAGCUCAGGAUAGCUAACUCAGCACAUAUCAGGAAACAAAGCUGGGAGUUCCACAGGGCUCUGUGACUGGGAAGAGCAUUUAACCACUGAGUUAUUCAAAUUAUAGGUACUUUUAAAGAAUUAAAGAAAUUCUAGAUGAA